GCGCUGCUGCUGAUGAAUAGAUAAGCUACUCCUACUAUAUGUGAAGAUUGUGAAGUUGGCAUAGCGCUUGUAUACGUGUGCAUGCUCUGCAUCUGUGUGUAGCGGACGGACCGCGGCGUUGAAUGAGAGAUUCGAGAGGCUCAUGAACUUUUCGUUUGAUAUUCGUUGUCUCGUAGCAACUAAAUUACGCAGAAAUGUCUAGUGCACCAGCACAUAAGUAUCGUUACAAAAAUGUUGGGUUGGACUCCCAAGAGCUUAGGAGACGUAGAGAAGAAGAAGGGGUACAGUUGAGGAAGCAGAAAAGAGAACAACAAUUAUCAAAGAGACGAAAUGUUCCUAAUGUGGUUACUGAUGAUGAUGGAAUUUCCAUCACUGAAGAUUAUACUGUUCCAGCGCCUGUUAUGCAACCAGCUCAAGGCAUAACUCCAGAUAUGUUAACAGCUUUGUACAGUUCAGACAUAUGUGAACAAUUGGCAGCUACACAGAAAUUUAGGAAACUUUUAUCUAGAGAACCAAAUCCGCCCAUUGAUGAAGUUAUACAUACAGGAAUUGUACCAAGAUUUGUAGAAUUUUUGAAGAAUGACACAAACUGCACUUUACAGUUUGAAGCAGCUUGGGCAUUAACAAAUAUUGCCAGUGGAACGUCUCAGCAAACUCGUAUGGUAGUUGAUGCUGGUGCAGUACCUGUGUUUAUCGCAUUAUUAAGCUCAGAGUAUGAAGAUGUUCAAGAACAAGCAGUUUGGGCUUUGGGUAAUAUUGCAGGUGACAGUCCAGAGUGCAGGGAUCAUGUUUUGGUCAGUGGCAUAUUACCUCCCCUACUCCAAUUGCUUUCAAAACCAACGCGUUUAACAAUGACGCGGAACGCUGUUUGGGCUUUGUCAAACUUAUGUAGAGGAAAGAACCCUGCACCUGAUUUCCAAAAAGUUGCACCGUGUUUGCCAAUUCUUUCAUAUUUGUUAACCCAUCAUGAUCCAGAUGUAUUAGCCGAUGCGUGUUGGGCUCUUUCUUAUUUAAGCGAUGGGCCAAAUGAAAAAAUCCAAGCUGUUAUAGAUUCGGGAGUGUGCCGACGUCUUGUUGAACUUUUAAUGCACGACAAGCAUAAUGUCACAAGUGCAGCAUUGAGAGCUGUGGGUAACAUUGUGACUGGUGAUGAUCUACAAACUCAAGUUGUUUUGAAUUGUUCUGCAUUACCUUGCCUACUUCAUCUGUUUAGCAAUCAUGAAAAGAGUGUUCGUAAAGAAGCUUGUUGGACAAUUUCUAACAUUACUGCUGGAAAUCCUCAACAAAUUCAGGCUGUCAUAGAUGCAAAGAUUUUCCCUAUUUUGAUAGAUAUUUUAGGAAAGGCCGAUUUCAAAACGCGCAAAGAAGCUGCUUGGGCGAUUACCAACGCUACAAGUGGAGGAACGCCGGAACAAAUUCGAUAUUUAGCAGAGCAAAAUUGUAUCCCCCCAUUGUGUGAACUACUAACAGUAAUGGAUGUUAAGAUCAUUCAAGUAGCGUUAAAUGGUUUGGAAAAUAUACUGCGACUUGGUGAUCAAGACGCAGUUCAUCAUAAUGGUGUCAAUCCAUACAGCGUUCUCAUUGAACAAUGUUUCGGCCUAGAUAAAAUUGAAUUCUUGCAAUCUCAUCAAAAUAUAGAAAUUUACCAAAAAGCCUUCGAUAUUAUUGAGCGCUACUUCGGUUCCGAAGAGGAAGACUCAAGAAUUGCACCAUCAGUGGAUUCUCAGGGACAACAAUUUCAAUUUUCAACAGCCGACUCUUCUCAAUUACCAGUUCAAAGCUUCCAAUUUUAAUUGAAUGAUCGAAUUAAAAACAGCUAUAAAGUGUGUCGAGGCAUGCGUUAAUUUUAUUCAUCGAAUGAGCUACUGUCCAUUUUAGGGAAAGAUCUAUCUCUAAAAUAGAAAUGAAACACAUAUAUUGAGGAAGGACUGUACAGCAACCAAAAUUUCGGACAUUCU